GCCGCCGCCGCCGCCAUGAAGCCGGGGCCACCGCGCCGCGCCGGGGCCGCCCACGGGGCAGGCGCUGGGACGGGGGCUGCGGCCGGGCCCCGGGCCCGCGGGCUGCUGCUGCCGCCGCUGCUGCUUCUGCUGCUGGCCGGGCGCGCCGCGGGGACUCAGCGCUGGCGCAGUGAGAACUUUGAGAGGCCUGUGGACCUCGAGGGCUCUGGGGACGAUGACUCCUUCCCCGAUGAUGAGCUGGACGACCUGUACUCGGGGUCCGGCUCUGGCUACUUCGAGCAGGAGUCAGGCAUUGAGACAGCCAUGCGGUUCAGCCCAGACGUGGCCCUGGCAGUGCCCACCACAUCUGCUGUGCUACCUGCCGUGGACAUCCAGCCCGUGGGCACCCCGUUUGAAGAGCUCCCCUCUGAGCGUCCCACUCCGGAGCCCGCCACUAGCCUCCCAGUGGUGACAGAGGUCCCAGAAGAGCCCAGCCAGAGAGGCACCAUCAUCUCCACACCCAUGGCUACCACUGCUGCCACAACCACAGGGGCCCCGACCGUGGCCUUGGUGCCGGCCACAGUGGCCACCGCCGCUCCCAGCAUCCCUGCGGCACCCCCUUCCACGGCCACCACCUCUGUCAUACGGACCACCGGCAUACGGAGGCUUCUUCCUCUGCCACUGACUACGGCAGCCACGGCCCGGGCCACCACCCCAGCGGCGCCCUCACCUCCCACCACGGUGGCUGUCUUGGACACUGAGGCUCCGACACCCCGGCUGGUCAGUACAGCUACCUCCAGGCCAAGGGCCCUUCCCAGGCCAGCUACCACCCAGGAGCCUGACACCCCCGAGAAGAGCACCCUGCCCCUGGGGACCACAGCCCCCGGACCAACGGAGGUGGCUCAGACCCCAACUCCAGAGUCCUUCCUGACCACCAUCCGGGAUGAAGCAGAGGUUCCAGUGAGUGGGGGGCCCAGCGGGGACUUUGAGCUGCCGGAGGAAGAGACCACGCAGCCAGACACAGCUAAUGAGGUGGUGGCUGUGGGGGGUGCGGACGCUAAGCCGUCGCCGCCACCCGGGAUGCUGCCCAAGGGUGCCCGCCCUGGCCCUGGCCUCCUGGACAAUGCCAUCGACUCGGGCAGCUCGGCCGCUCAGCUGCCUCAGAAGAGCAUCCUGGAGCGGAAGGAGGUGCUCGUAGCUGUGAUCGUGGGCGGGGUGGUGGGCGCCCUCUUUGCCGCCUUCCUGGUCACCCUGCUCAUCUACCGCAUGAAGAAGAAGGACGAGGGCAGCUACACUCUGGAGGAGCCCAAGCAGGCGAGUGUCACGUACCAGAAGCCGGACAAGCAGGAGGAGUUCUACGCUUAGCGGGGCCACGGUGCCUCCCCAGAGCCUCGGCGCUGCCCCUCUGUCCAGUCCCUGGCCCGUCCCAUCAGCCCUGGCCUGGGACCAGGCCUGGGAGGAAGCCUGGCCCCAGUUCAUCUCUGCCAGCCCUCCUAAGAUCUGCCCAGACUGCCAGCCGCACACAGAUCUCUCCCGAGGCACGGGGCACUGCCAUCUGCCCUAGACUGUGCCCUUACGAGCUCAUCUCUUGUCCUCCACCAGCCUGGGGCUUUGGGACCGCCUGUCAGCCGGAUAGGAAGAAAGGAGCUCCUGAUUGGCUGUUGGAAGAAAGGGUGGGGCUUGAGAUGGGCUUGACUGCCAACCUGGCCCCACGGGACUGGCUGGGGUCUUCUUUUAAGGGCAGAGAGGGACUCAGGCUGGUUUCCAGGACAAGCAUUUCGAAGCUCAGUCCUUGAAACCGAGACUCCGCCUCCUCUUGCUUCUGUCCCAGGGCCCCUUUCCAUCCAGGAGAGAGUGUGUCCCUUGUCGCCAGCUUGAUUUAUCCUGGCCUGUCCCGGGUUAUGGGGUCACUCUCCCCUUACCUCGCCCACUGCAUAUGCACCCAAAGGUUUCACCUCUUUCCAGUCUGUCCCUGAGGGAUUUGCUUCCCGAGAGUGCCCUGGCAGCCACUGGCGAGGAGGGCUGGGCCUUGGACCUCCCUCGUGCAAGUGGACUCUGCUCAGACACCCUCUCCCACAGGUCACACGUAUUGUCACCUCCAAAGACAAAAGCACGAAAUGAGAAAAUCAUACGCAAUCCUGACCACCCCACCAGCCCAGACACACAUUCUCCCAAAGAUGUUUCUUGUGUGUUUCUCAUGCACCCCAAACACCUGUGACAAUGCAAGUCACAAGUCAUCGUCACCCAGUGGUGAUGGUGUGGCCUGCUUCCCCUCACUGUCUCUCCUCCUGCCGCACACACACACACAGUCUGGCACCAUACGUGUCCUCCGGCUUCAGGCUCACUGGGGAGGGUGGAAUCCAGCCGGAACAGUCAGCCCAUAUUGGGUCCCUUGAGUUGCCCUGUCGUACUGAAUCCUCACCAUAGCACCCCCACCAGCCACAUUGCCACCGACCCCGGCGUGUCAGACCCACGCACCCCCUCACCCGGCACAGCCCUGCUCUCACACUGCAGGACAGGGGGCCCUUGCCUCUCCCUCAGUGUGGUGCGGGGGAUGUUACCACAAGCCCCUCGGGGCAUUGCACAGCCCCGAGCUUCCCUCCCUGUGGCCUGCAGAGGGUGGCUCGGGACCAGUCCCCCGCUAGCUGGGAAGGCAGGCUGGCCUGGAGUUUAGCCUCAGGCCCCAGGUGGGGAGGAAGCGUGUGGUCUGGCUCCUGAUCUCCCUGCACCCCCUCCUGCUCUAGGGGCUGACUGCCUCCCAGGACACAAGUCUCCAAAGUGCCUGUGAGGGUGGGCCCUGCCGCCCGGGCCCUCUGCACCCUCUCCCCUCGGCCUCGCCAGGCCCGCCUCAGCCCUACCCCGGGGUCCUCCCUGGGCCUUCCUCGGGGACACCCUAUCUGCUUUUUUGGCCAAACAGCCUGGCAGUUCUGGCUGCAGCUGGGUGGACCUGCAGCUGGAAGCAGCCCACCCAGACGCCCUGCCCCAGGCCGAGGGCUGAGCAGGUGGGGCAGGGGUGUCGCUGCCCCCAGCCUGCCUCCCCCUUCCUUACCCUUUCAAGUGGGGCCACUUCUGUGGCUAUUUUAAAUGUGGGGUCACAAAUCUCCUCUGGGGAGGGCGCGCUCAGCAGGGGCUCUUGGAGCCCGGCAAUGUGGUCUGCUUGGCAGUCGGCUGGUGCUCACACCCCUUCCCCUCACCUACAACCCAGGUGAAAGCCAGGAACCCAGGUUUUAUUUCUGUUCCCUUUUCAAGAUGCCCUGGCAACAGGUUUCUGCUGGGUGAGGGGUGGGAGUGCCCGAGGUGAAGAGGGCGAGAUUCCAGGGGCUUCCACGCCUGUCUGUUCCACCGUCCUUCCAGGCCCGGGCUCCAUCAGACCCCGCAGCCCCCUCAGUAGGGCCUGGAGGCGGCGAGGAACCCGGCGGUCCCAGCCUUGGACGGGGACAGGAAUGGGGCGAGGUAUCCUGGGCUCACGAACUGUUGGCAGUGGCCUGGCCUCAGUCACCCCUGGAGCCGCAGGGCUGGGGCACAGGGCUGGAGGACACCAAAGUCCCAGCCUCCCUCUCCCCUGACCCCCGUGGGCUGCUGUCGGGGGGCAGCGGCUCUGGUGAGAAGGCCUGGGCAGGCCGAGGCUGAGAAACCAGAGAGCACGGAGCAGAGGACCCGGACCCCGUCCCCACCCCCGGAGACCCAGGGUGCUGGGCCGGGGUAGGAGACCCGUGGCAGGGCAGGGGCGGGGCCAGCACAGGGUGGUGACUUGGGUUCAGGCUGCUGGAGUGGGCGGGGAGCGGCCUGCGUGGGUCCAGCCUGGCCCAGCAGGCCCGACUCUUCACCUCUGAGGUUGGCUUCUCACUUGGGCGUUCUUGAGGUUGGCUUCUGGCCUCCUUUCUGUGUCCUCAGCUUCUGAGAGGAGACUGAGGGCAGCGUUCAUGGCGCCCUGGACCUGAGACAAGUGUCCAGGCUUUGUUCUCAUGAAGUUUAACAGUCCAGCCAGCCCAGACGGCAAGGCGGUCCAAGAGAGGUCAGCUCAGAGCGAGCUGGAGCUCUCCUAGGUGCAAUGUGGGUGCAGGCCCUGCCCAGGGAGACCCCCAGACCCCCAGUACUCCUGGGGAGGGCGUCUGGUGGGCCCUGGCAUUUCCUGGAAGUCCGGCCAGUGCCAAAGGAGAGGGAACUGGUGCGGGUUGAGAACCUCUCGGGGGCCUGGGCUGCCAGGGAGCAUGAGGCAGGCUGGGGAGUUGAAGGGUGGACCCACCCCCGGUUGUGAUGUCCAGAGCCAGGCUCUGUCUCCCCAGGGGGCCAGAGGGAGUCCCUCUCCUGAAAGGCUGGGCCAGGCAGGUCUGCAGGCAGUGGCUUGGGGUGCUCAGGCUGAGCCCCUCCCUGGGGCUGGCAAAGUCAUCUGUCUGUGCCUCCAGCUGGGGCCCUGGGCACAGGGAGCAAAACCAUCUGUCUCGGGGCAGGAGUGGCUGCUGCCUCCUCGGCUCUGAAUUUCUUCCGACAGCCACCACCCUGGACUUGCUUCCCAGGCCUCCUGCCUGUAAAUAGAAGCUCAUAAACUGUGCAGAUUCACAGACACUGAGCCCAGGCCCAGCCUCCCCAGGUGCCCACCUGGCAGCUCAGUGCGCCUGGCCGCAGAGUGGCGAAUGCAUGUAAAUACUUUCCGUAGGCAGCGAGGCUCCAGAGAGCCCCCUGAAGACAGUGUCCCUCCCGCGUCCUUUCUCCCGUGCAGAGCCCUCCGAGAACCUGUCCUGGGGUGGGUGGGAGUUUGUCCUUUCCUGCUCCAGGCCUUCCCUGUCCUCUCCUCAUAAUCUGUUUAUUAACCACACCUGUCCUGAGUUCAUGGCCAAAACUUUAAGGAAAAGUGGAGGAAAGAGAUUGGAAAGUGACCAAGGCGCCUGCCCCGCGGUGGGUGCUCACCUGUCCCAGCCUUGUGAAGGAAAUGUUGGGGCUUUUGUUUGUUU